AAGCAACUCACGACUUAGUAUCUAGGUACCAUUCUGCUACUAGAACAUGGUGCUUUUCAUUAUUUUGGUCAUUGCUGUCACUUCGGAUGGCAUACUGUGCCAAGUGGGGCGACCCGUGGUAACCACACGUCAGGGUGACGUAAGAGGGGUUACCAAUACCACCCAACUUAGGAACAGGACGUACCAUGCGUUCCGAGGAAUACCGUACGCUCAGCCACCGAUUGGCGAUCUGAGAUUCCGCGCUCCCAGAAAAGCACGUCCUUGGGUAAAACCACUGGACGCCGCCGAAGAUAAAAGCGAAUGCACUCAAUCUGAUGGUGCUGCAGUUGUCGGGUCCGAGGAUUGCCUUUACAUCAACGUUUACACACCUCAGAUAAACGCAAACUUACCGGUCAUGGUUUGGAUAUACGGUGGAAGUUUCAAAUCCGGAAUGGCAAACUUCUCCAUUUACAAUCCGGAAAACUUCCUCGAGGAGAACGUGGUCUUUGUUUCCUUCAAUUAUCGAGUGGGCAUUUUCGGUUUUUUGAGCACCGGCGACUUGGAAAGUCCCGGCAAUUGGGGUUUGAAGGACCAAGUACUAGCUCUGAAAUGGGUUAAGGAAAACAUCAGAGGGUUUGGUGGGAACCCAAAUAAAGUUACCAUUUUUGGACAGAGCGCCGGAUCCGGUUCUGUGUCGUACUUGGUUCAAAGCGAAAAAGCAAGAGGGCUCUUCCAUGGUGGAAUAAUGGAAAGCGGUACCACGUUGUCUUCACUGGCGUUAUCUAGAAACUCGAAAACUGACGCCUUCCAUGUAGGAAUUAGGUACGGAUUGAACACCACUAGCACUAGGACGCUCGUAAGGGAAUUAAGGAAAGUCGAUUACUCAGUACUCCAACAAAUUUCGGAUCAAGUAGUAGCUUUGAACUUCAUUAUAAAACCCACCGAGUGGAACGUAACUACUUUCGGUGUCGUGGAUGAACCGUACCACGAAGAAGCCUUCUUCAGCGGCAGAAGCCGCGAGCUUUUGAUAUGCGGAGAUUUCUACAGGGUUCCCGUAAUCGUCGGUUACACCUCCAACGAGCUAGGAUUUAUCACUUACAUUUUCGAUCAACUUAAACCGCUGCUACCUCAAUACGAGGCUGAUCCCAGCAAAUUAGCCCCGCCGGCUUUGACCAGAGAUCGAGUCGAAAAGCUACUAGCCGGUUACCUAAUCGACGUCCACUACUUUGGUAGGGGCGGAAUAUUCAACAGCACACCACAAUCAGUAUCCAAUUUUCUGAGCGAAGAGCUAUUCAACAGACCCGGCAGAGAAACGGUCAACCUAAUGUCCAAGUACACCGACGUGUACUUUUAUGUAUUUUCCUACGCGGGCGGCGUGCCCAGAAAGUACCCAGGGGCGGCCCAUGCCGACGAGCUGCAGUACCUCUUCAGGAAUAACGCGAAUGCGAGCAGAGCUGACCAACUGACUCGCGACAGGCUUCUGAAGCUAUGGACAAAUUUUGCCAAAUUUCAGAACCCCACCCCGAGAAACGACGAGCCAUUGUUUCGAAACGUCACAUGGCUGACAGCCAAGCACGGGCUACAUCGUGACAAAGAUGAUGUGAAUUACUUAAACAUCGGCGACGAGCUAGUGCUUGCGAAGAACCCGAGCCAAUCGGAUUGGUUGUUUUACCGGGACCUCUACAGAAGAUUCGGCGAAGGCAUCGACACUACUUACUAGCAUUUAGGGUCAGGAAUUGUCACAUUUCAAAUAAAUUUCGAUGACUUUUGUGGGUUUGUCGACCGAAUCAA